GGCUGCUGCGCGGGCCCGAAGUGUGUUCUCCGGCGCACAGACGAACGACCGGUGCCCCACAUUCGCCUGCCAAAGGUCCUCGCAGCAGCAGCAACAGCAUGAGUUCUGCCGCCGCGGCCAUCGACCAGAUCCUCAACUACGAAAAGAACGAGAAGGAGGACUACUACCAGAUCCUCGGCUGCGACGAGUCAUCGUCGGUGGAACAGAUUACAGCUGAGUACAAGGCCAGGGCCCUACAGCUUCACCCUGACAAAAACGACGGCGAUAAAGAGAGCGAGGCCCGAUUCCAGCUACUUAAGGAGGCGAGGGAUGUGCUCACCGACCCCGAGAAAAAAACCCUCUACGACAAGUGGCGGGGCAGCGGAAUCGCCAUCAGCUUCAAGCAGUGGAUGAACAUGAAGGAUAGCGUACAGCAGUCGAUGCACUGGAGCAUCCCAAAAACCAAGGACCGAAUGCUGGAAGAGGGUAGCAGCACCGGCGGCGUCGCAGCCGUGGCUCGUGAGGACAAGCGACGUGCCUCCGAGGGUGGCCCCAACAUACGCUGGGGCGUCAAAGGCUCUGUCCCGUGGAAGUCAGAGUCGCCAUCAGAAGUUGUCAGCAAGUUCCGCAACUACGAAAUCUAACUGGUUACUCUCAAAUCUCGAUCAAUUGCAUUUUCCACAAAAGCUACACAUUGAUGACAAAAAUUUAUAUAAAUUCUCGGUGUCAAGUAAGGUAAAUGUCCCUGUCGUUAUAUACUGCAGCAUGUGUGAACCUUUCUCACUCCUACCGUUGCAUGGUGUUUGCUAUUGACUUACAAACAUAAAUACGUGUAAACUAUUCGCCGCAAAUCCUAACCAACCCUGAUCAGCGAGCAAUACACUGCAAGGGCUGCCUUUCGAGUGUCGAGGCGACCGAGAUAGAUGUUGAAACGCGCGAGGUCUGAUUUACCCACUCUGCUCAAUUUUGGAAGUACGCUGUCUGCAUAAAUUAUAGCAUUUUGAAAAUCGCGAGAGCUUCGAAAGUUGACCAGACAACUAUAUAGUUUGGGAGGAAAGUGCCCCAGGAACGCACUAUUAAGGGUCCAUUCAAGACUGAUGGACAGCAGAGUAGUUGCCGCACGAGAUUGUGUCCACUCACUUCUGGAAUCUCUCCUACUAGAGGGUAGUUGUUUAAGAACACACGCCAUUAUAUUUUGAAUAUUGUGUGAGCAACAAAUUCAACGUAACGUAAUAGAAAAUACCACGCUCUCUGCAAAAUAUUAAUCUAUUUACACACUGAUAUAUUACAACACUCCUAAUAAUUAAGCAAGUGAUUGAAAUCGUAACGUGUAUAUUUGUUAGCAUGUAGAAUGGAAAUGGCACGAUUAAGCACCAAAUGCUCAAUACAAAACUGACAAAAUAUACAUUUGGUUACCUUCAAGAAUUUGUAUUUAAUUACGUUCUGCUGAUUUAAGUCGGGUUUUAUUUCUAAGAUGAAAUAAUAUAUGACGUUGAGUGAUAAAAAAUAGAUUAAAUGUUUAAGAUAUAAUUUCAAUCCCAGACUUGCAAAUUUCACACUGAACUUAAAAAAUAAGAAUAUGAACAAAAAACCCUAUAUUUUUACAUCCUCUUAACGACCAAUUUUCAUCCAUCAUCCAUCAAACCCCACACAUAUAUAAAAUCAUUGCUAUCACCAAUAAAUAAAAGAUUUCUCUGCUUCGAAUAUGUAUAAAACAAUAUUUUAAUUUCCAUUUAUUAUGAAUUAUAGUUAUGUAAUAUAUAUUUCGCGUCAAUAUAAAAUUGCGACACUUUAAGAGAUUUAAAAACUAGUUAUACCAUCUAAAAUUAGCUGACUUUGAGCUGAUAAGUAGCUCGACAGAUCGACAGAUAAAUGCAUGCGGUCAUCUCAACCUUUUUGAAUCACGGCACUCAAGAAUCGUUCACAAUAUUUAAAAUGGCAACAUUUGUUACUUUGUUUCUGUUCUGCAAAAUAAAGAGAAUCCCUGUCUAAUACAUUGACUUAUAACAGUGGAGCACGAAACAGAAAUUAUAUGGCACCUCAUUAUUGUGUGAAGAAAGCGGCGAAAUUUCUUAAUUAAAAUUAAUGUAACUCCCUUGAGAAUUAUUUCUGUGCAAACCAAUUCAGUAAAUGGUCUGAUAUCGAUGUGAUACACAAAUUAUCAAUAAACAUUCCAGAAUGAAUGAAAGAAUUAAAUGAAAAA